AUGCGUCCUCAAAUUCCUGGAUAUUCAAUCGGGAAAUCCCUGGGCCGUGGUGCAUUUGCCUCAGUUUGGAUUGCAGUAGAUCAAAAGACAGGUCAUAGAUUUGCAUGUAAGAGUAUUCAUAAAGAUAACUCGAUGUCUGCAGAUUAUAAAAAUAUAAAGCAAGAGAUUGAAGCAUUGAAAUCACUUCACCAUCCGAACGUCAUCUCAUAUUACGGAUUAUAUGAAUCUACGACUUCAAUAAAUAUUCUCAUGGAAUUAUGCGAAGAAGGAACUCUAGAAGAUCUCAUAGUUAAAAGACAUCGUUUACAAGAAUCAUUAGCGCAAAUAAUAUUCAAACAGAUUAUAGUUGCUCUAAAUUUCUGCCACGAAAAGGGAUUUGCUCAUCGCGAUCUCAAACCAUCUAAUAUACUCAUUUCCGAUCUUCCGAGCAUCAGAUUGUCCGAUUUUGGCGUUUCUGGAUCAAUUUCCGGAAAUGGUCUAAUGAGCACAAUCUGCGGAACUGUGUACUAUACUGCACCAGAGUGUGCCUCUGGACAUUACAAUGGUCAGCAGGCAGAUAUGUGGAGCUGUGGAGUUGUUUUAUAUGUAAUGAUUACAGGAAAAUUACCAUGGGAUUCAAAGAUGCAAGGCGAUUUACGUAUGAAAAUGGAAAAGGGUGUUGAUGAAGUACCUGGUAUCUCAGACGAAUGCAAUCAACUCAUCAAAAUGCUGCUAAAUAUUGAUCCUGACCAAAGACCAACAGCAAGAGAUGUUCUAACUGGUCCAUGGCUAUCUACAUCCCCUGAUAAACUUCUUUCGAAGAAUUAUCAGCUUCAGAAGCCUAAAACCACUUCAUCUAUUCUCAGACAGAUGGUUGAUUCCGGAAGAAAAGGUUCUCACGAGGGAACUCGAAAUAAGGCGAAGCUAUCAAUGAGCUUCGAAUUACUAUAG